AUGGCGCGAUGGAAGAUCAGAACCCGUUUUCUAGUCUUGUCUGACACCCACGGUCAAGAAUUCCCCGAUAAGCGCAAACCCUUGCACAAAGUCGACGUAGCCAUUCACUGCGGCGAUCUCACGGAAACAUCCAAACUCUACGAAUUUGAGUCAGCCAUCAAUCUCCUCAAGGACAUCAACGCGCCUCUUAAACUUGUCAUCCCGGGUAACCACGACUUUACCCUCGACACACCGACGUUCAAAAGAGCCAUCGCCGAAACGCCUAUCCCCGAUAUGAUAGUAGAGAAGCAAUAUGGGGGAUUCGGUGAAGCGAGGCGCUUUAUGGAGAGCUUUACACACGAGGGUAUUGUAUAUCUAACAGAGGGAGUUCACCAUUUUGACCUUGAGAAUGGGGCUCAUCUGGUAGUUUAUGCGAGUCCGUAUACUCCUUCAGAUGACUGCCGGGGAUUCCAGUUUGAUCCUUGGAUAGGUCACGAACGGGAGAUCGACGAACAAGUCCACGUGAUAAUAACACAUGGUCCUCCAAAGGGAAUCCUCGACAUGACUUAUCGUGGGAAGCACGUUGGCUGUCCACAACUCUUCAAACUUGUCGCCCAGAAAAAACCUCUAAUGCACUGCUUCGGUCAUGUGCAUAGAAGCUGGGGUGCCGAGCUGAUCAAAUGGCGAGACCGCGACCAUGAUGAUACGGCUAUCGAUACGGAAGAGUCUGUCGCGAUAGGGGUUCUUGAUCGGUAUAGUACCAAACAGCAGCUCGCUCCUCACCCUCCUCCUCCUCCUUUUCCCUUUUGUCCUCCCGCUCCCUUGAGAUUUUCUCUAAACCGGCUCCCACCCGAACUACGAAAUCAUAUCUGGACAUUAACCCUCCCGUGUUGCCGUAUAUUUAUGGUCAAGAGAAUCGAAAGACAGAACCACAAGUCGCAAGAGGGUUUCUUCAAUUUUCAUCAUAGUAAUCCGAAUCCUCGUUUCCCGAUUGCCCUCAGCGUCUGUCGCGAGUCCCGCGAAGCUGCACUGCGUCAAGGCUUCUUCUUCCAGGAGGGUAAAGAAAGUGCAGGUCUAUGGUUUAGACCGGAUACCGAUAUUCUAUACUUCAGCACAAAGCAAAAAUGGAUUCUGAGAACAAAAAAGCACAUAUCUAUCCCGGAGUGGGAUAGAGUCCUACAUGUCGGCAUCCAACUCGAGGCAUUCUAUUUCCAUAAAGAUUUCCUGAGUACACCGCCGGAGAACUUGGCUAAGAAGAUGGUGAGAUUUUACGCACACAUGCCUAACCUCAAGACACUCAGUUGCAUGGUCUGGGGCCGACAGGGUAGUCGUCGCAUUGCUGUCACUUUCCCUAUGGCGUUGCCAGGUAGCGACGAAGAUACUUAUGCUUUAAUGAGAGGCCGAAACAUACGGGAGGUGAACGACUUGGUUUUUAAUCUUACAAUGUCGGGGAAUAUGGGAGAUGUAUGA